CUGCAGCCUGACGUGGUGCUCUUCUCUCCCUCAAAGUACCAUUAUUGACUGCUUGUGCCUCGUGACUCGCGUCGUGGUCUUGCUUCAUUCGAACGGGACUCAACAACACUGUGCACCGCUGCGAAAGAAGUGCCUGAGUCACUGUCAAAUCCCCGAAUUACGUCUGCUUCCGCGGUAAGAAUUAGCUUUCUUCUCGUGUGAAUCCAGUGUGACACCUGAGGAACCCUUGGCUUGACCGCACUCAACGCUCGUGGUUCGGUGCCUGACACGACACGACAGUAUCUGUCAAUUGGCCAAAUACUGUUGUUCAGUUGUAUUGCUGUACACAAGAUUGGCCACUUGUCUCUUAAAACAUACGUUCACCGCCGCUCAUUCGCAGUUUACAGUCAGACGACAAGUACACUAUGGUCAGAGAGUUCAAGAUUUAAGAAUCGAGAGAAGCCACCUGGAGACAGAUCACCCUGGUCAUAUUCACCGCAUAAAAAACAAGCUUUUUACAAAAUGGCUACAGAUAGAGGACGAAAAGGACGUCCGCAUCCCCUACAAACACCUACAGCCCCGGCUUCGGUUUACACAGAUUCGUCUGCUGCCGUCUCGCCAGCCCUAUCUUCAUUCUCUUCCUCCUCACGAUUGCAGAAUAAGGUGUUCUCGAGCUCCGUCUCUUCUUUAUUACCAUCUCCUAGCAUGGGUAUCACGAUGGAACGCACAGGCUCACUGCCAAUACAGCUGGCCGAUGUCAAAGAAGAGCAAAACAGGGAUAUUGAAGACGAUUAUUUCGGCUUCGACCAAGUCAUGUUCGAGCCUUAUGAAAUGACUAGCGACGUCUACGACUUAAAUGACAACCCUACAUACUAUUCUGAGACCGAAUCGCCCAAAAGACUGCGCUCAGAAAGUUUAUCAUCAAGAGGCUUGUCGCGAUUUGGAUCCGGAAUUCAGUCCAUGUCGUCUCGCUGGGCAUCAAUGGCGCGAUCAUCCGAGGGGACUUAUGUUACCGAUAUUCUAGAUGACGAGUUGCGAUCACGAGCCAAUUCAGCUGCCUCGUCGACAUCUCAGAUCACUUCCCUCUCCCAAGAUGCGCUACCGAUGGCUAGGAACUCUCAAGAUCAAGCGCGCCACAGCGGGCACAGCUUAGGAGCGAUAUCCAUUGAAAAAGCCAGCAGCGUGGCUUUCGACGAGGAAGACGAAGUCGGUGCCAAGGCAAGCACACCAUUGCUUCCGCCUGUCUGGACUGAAUACCCAUUUACGACGCCCAGCUCUGAAGUCGCGUCCCCGUUACAGUCGCCUUCUGUCGCAGACGUCUUUGAUGAGGAUACUGUGCCGGCAAUGACAAGUUCACGUACAUCGAUACACCGAUCACCCCCAUUGUCUUCGAAACCUUCUGUGGCAUCCUUGACAACGAGAACUCGAGGUAUGACCUUACGGACGACAAUAUCUGGUGAAGGAGCACCACCUUUGGUAUUGACCGAGGGGGACGACGAAUGGUCUUUCAAGCUUGGACACGCCAACUUUACCAUUCAUCCAGAGCCAUAUAUUCCUGAAACCUCGGAUGCCACAACAUUUCGCCAGUUCCGGGAUGAUUGGGACCUGGCGCGCACCAAUUACGCCAAGCAUCUCGUCCGUACCGGGGAGCACUACGGAGAAACCUCGAUGAUCUAUAAGUUCACCAAGGAGAAGUGGGAAGCCAUUGAAGAAGAGUGGAAGGAGAACUUGGAAACUAUCGUUACCAACGAUGUCAAGUUCGGCGCUAUCCUUGGGUUGACCAAGUCCAACAUGAGUCCCGCGGAGACCAUCAAGAUUCCUCGUCUACAUGACAACGAAAAGUUCCCCGAGUUGGGCGACGAGGAGAUUGUUGGACCCAUGUCAGUUGCGCCUGCUAUUCACUCCGCCAUCCGGUGCAAGUCUCCCAAGCGACGAAACGUGUUUCGCUUCUUGCAUGGACUUGUCAGCCGUCCUGCACCGGGGAUCACCGCGACGCGUGCCUAACCACCGUCUCCUACAUGUUACGACCAAAGAAAGAAACCAUAUAACGACCGUUAUGACUAUUUGUUAGAAUAUUAAAAAAAGCCAGAUGAUUUUACGACCUUGCGAUGCCGAUAUCAUUCGGAAUUUUCGAUCAUUAUACCACAUUCCUUUUAUUUGAUUCCCAGCGCGUUUCGAUCACGCAGCGUUACGUUCCUUAAGCCACAUUCAUUACAGCGAAUAUGCUUUCACUUCAUGCAUCCAGUCCCGACUGCUGCGACUGGCAUCCUUUUAUUCAAUUCUCCUGUGUAAUAUUACUAUUACCACCUUUUUUCACCUUUGGCUAUGAGCCAUAAUACCCAUACCAUCUGGCUAUCCGGGGAAGUUUCCACGACUCGCCCGACAUGAUACUGUGUUAUAGAUUUGGUGUCUAUCGAGACAUUACAUGA